AUGAAGUUAGAUAUACUAUUUGAGAUAGGUCUGGCGAUUGCAUCGAUUAUUCCCAUGCUAACACAAUCAGCCACACUAGACUCUGCCAUAAACAGGUGUGAAGACUACCAGGAAGAAAUUUUAGACGUACUUAAGGAUAUAGAAGCAGAGAUAGAGGAUAAUUCAAUAUUAACCACACCAGUUCUAGAGACAGAUUUAAAGAUGUUAUACAUAACUCAUAAUGAUUAUAUAAAGAAGAAUAACCAGUUGGUUCUGUAUAAGAUAAAACUACACAAUAGUAACCAGAAUUUAUACGAGUGUGACAAGACAACGAGUAGUAGAUAUGACAUAUUCUCACCGGAUUUAAGAAAUUAUGCCAAGAAUACUACAUUAGGACGUACACCAGCAGAGAAGCUCUGUAUGGUCAUGUAUUAUAAUAUGCCAGGGUUUAUACAUAAAACAAGAAUGGUUGUUAAGAAGUUAUAUGAUCAGGAACAGACAACUGCCGAUAAGAAGAGGAAUAAUUUCAUAUUCACAUGGAAAGAUCCAACAAAUAGCUUAAACAAUUACGUCGGCCUGGCCACAAUUGCAGCUAGUAAAAAAAGUGGUCGUACCAGUGUGGAGAAGAUGGUUAUGUCUAUUUAUCCUAACAGUAUAUGUACAUUACAUAAUAAUUCAACAGAAGCCAUUAAUGCAUCAAGUGAGGGUCAUCGUGAAUUAAUAUACCCAUUUAAGACCAAUAGUGGUAAUAAAAUCAACAUAAGAAGGUUCAAAGAUAUCUUAAACAAGAAGAGUUCUGGCAAUGUUGGAUUUGAAUUCUUAAAGACAACCGUUGGAUUCUGCACUAAUUACAUACAGUUGUAUAACAAUCCCAUACUGGACACGCAUGGAUCCAUGAGUUUUAUAGAUAAAGCACAUGCUGAUUUAGACAUAAAGAAUACGGAACUCUCCAAGCGUAUUAAUAAGAUGAUUUUAGACUUAAGCCUAGACAUCCCCAUUAAAUUCACUGAGUAUAUUGAACUUAUUGAAGAUUCCUUCAAUAUCCAAAUGGAUGCCAUACACAAUUUAAUCUGUGACUCAUCUUAUUAUGCCUUACGUAAUAUGAUAUCUAAGUACUAUAUAAACAUAAUCGAUAGGAAUAAGUCAAUAAAGCCAAUGACCGCGGCAGAGUUCUAUCAGAUAAGGAAGUCAUUACUCGCAUUAGUAAACUCCUAUCAUAAAGAAGAGAUUGCCAAUGGGAAUAUUCUAUCGAAUGUGAUAGAUUUAAACCUGUCCAGUUUUGGCAAGGACAUUCACUUAUUCUCACAGCCAUCUACUUUAAACCCAUCUGAGAAGUAUACGCAGCACCUACUUAAACUUGCAUGGGCCAGGUUCGGUGAGUUUGAAUCUAAUUUAGCCGGAAGGGAGAGGCAGUAUGAAAUAAUAGUUGAUGAUCUUAAAACACUAAAUCAUACAGUGAGUAUGCAUAAGAUAGUUAGAUCUAUCGAGUCAGUUGCCAGUUACUGUGCACUUGGUGAAUUUGGCAGACUGCGUGAAUUAAUCACACAGUUAUACAUAAUCACGUCUGAGAUAGACCUUAUACACGAAGAGAUCACUAAUCUUAAGGAGUAUAAAUUAUGUCUCAGUGGAAAUAGUGAUAAUCCUGCCAUAUUGAAUAAUCAAGCAGCAAAUACUUUACUUAAUAAGAUCAAUCUAAGGAAUACUAUUAUAAUGUCAUUUAUGACUGCUAUUAGUAUGCAGAAGUAUAAGUAUUCUGAGUUUGACUUACUGUCUAAGGAUUCCGUAUAUUUAGAUGUAUACGACUUAUUCAAUAUAAAUCAGACGAGUCCAGUGCAUGACCCACAAGCACAUUUAAUUAAUAUACGCAUACAUAAUGAUAUACAGAGACAGUUACCCAAACCAUCUCCAAUAACCACUGCGAAUGCAGGGUUUACUCCAUUAUCAUGUGCUGAAUUAGGGCGUACUAUGGAUUUAAAUAGGAUUAGUCUGUCUAAUGAUAAUUAUAAGGAGUAUUUAAAUUUAGCACUGACUGGAUUAAGCACAGACGCUAAUAAUGGAGACACGAAUAAUCCAUUAAUGCCUGUGGAUUAAAUAAUUAUUAAACCUAUCCAAUAAUUAUAAUAAAUAAUC